AGCUUUUUUGUUUUUUCCAUAUCUCUCGCCGUUGGUGUGCGCAGAUAUAGAGAGAGAUCAAGAACAAGAGAGAGAGAGAGAGAGAGAGAGGGAUUUCAGACAUGGCGUUGAACAACGGACUGAGAUCCGCCGCCAAGCUCAUUCAAUCUUCUAAUCCAAAGCUUGGGAUUAGAGGUUUCCACUCAACUGGAGUGAGAAGGAUGGGAGGAGGACAUGGUCACGAUGAACCACACUACCUUCAUGCGAAGCAUAUGUACAACUUGGACCAGGUGAAAUAUCAGAAGGUGAAGAUGCCUCUUGCUGUCUUUACUGCCUUUAGCAUUGGCGUCGCCGUUCCUGUGUUUGCUGUUAUUUUCCAACAAAGGAAGACUGCAUCAGCUUAAGUUCGUCAUAAAAUGCUUCUUGUCUGCAAUAACUGGGAUGGCAUUCAACUUCCUUUUUAUUAGACUGGGUUUGGUUGGUUUACAGUUCUUGGAUUUUUAUUGUCUUAAAACUUCUUCUGUGUAGAGGAUAUUUCUUACCCGGUUGCUUUUAACUAUGAGCUACCAUGAAGUUACUGCAUGAACGUUUUGGAUUGGGACUGCAAUCGUUCUUAGGCCUCUUAAGUUGAUGGGUUAUUUUAUAAUUUUUUA